AUGGCUGAUCAAACAGAGCUGCGGAUGAAUCUGGUGGCGAUCAAGCGGGUCGACCCGUACGCAAAGGACAUCGUCAACUCGUCCGCACACGUCGCACUGUACGUGUUUAACAAUGCGGAGAACGAGUGGGAGAAGACGGACAUCGAGGGUGCACUGUUCAUUUACAGCCGCUUCGCCGAACCGUACCACAGCAUUUUCAUCAACAAUCGGCUCAAUACGAACUCGCUGGUCGAACCAAUCCGGGGUCAGAUAGAGCUGCAGUCGAAACCACCGUUUCUGCUGUACAAGAACGAGCGGUCCCGUAUCCGCGGCUUUUGGUUUUACAACAAUUCCGAAUGCGAUCGUAUCGGUGAGGUCAUUCAGAAGCUUGUGACGGAUUGCGGUGAUGGUGGUGGUGGUGGUGGUGGCAGUAAUGAGCAUCGGCCUCCAAUGAAUGGAGGAGGCGAACCCGCACCAUCCGGGAUUUAUCCCAGUGGGGGUGUAAUGAACGGUUCCGGCGGGGAGGGUGAAAGCAACAGUGUGGACAUAUUCACGAUGCUCACGAAAGCGCAGGAAGAUUUCCAAAACAAUGCGCCCAAACCGAUGGAACAUCCGGUACUAACCCAUCAGCCGAUCAUGAUGGGCAAUCAUCCUGGUCCGGGCAUUGCGAUCCCACAGCAGCACCAGCAACAACAACAGCUUCAUCACCAGCAACAGCAGCCAAUUACGAAUCAGAACGCUCCGCGUAGCGUGGUUAACUUUUUCGCCGCAGCUAAACAACCGGCCGCUUCGGAAGUGCCACUGUUCAAGACGCUUGCCCCGGUCCAUACGCUCGAGCAGAUCGAGAAGCAGCAUCGUGCCACCACGCCGCAGAAGGAUCCGACCACCGGUAAGGUGACACCAGAUGUGACCGAGCUCGAGCACAGUUUAAAGCGGAUGGGCAUUCCAAUCGUAACCGGUGGUGGGAACAAUGGGCCACAGACACCUUCUGCCGGGAUGUCUGAACUCGGUACCUCACCGCUGGCAACGUUCAUCAACGCUGCUAACCUGUCCGCAGCGAUGCGCGCCAAUCAUCAUCAACCGGUUGUACCGAAGACGAAACUGAUCGAAAUCAGUGAACUGGAAUCGCGGCAAAGUGCGCAGCAGCAGCAGCAGCAGCAGCAACAACAGCAACAACAGCAACAAACGCCACUCCACGAGUUAUUAAAAAAAUCGGAUCCCAUCGGAGGCAACGGGACGGUGGGAGGUGUAGCGACGGUCGUGAAGCCAGCGCUGAUGCCACCAACCAUGUUUAAACCGACCGCGUCACCGGCCGCGGCACAGGAAGCGUUGAGCAGUCUGCUGCUCGGUGCAACCACGAACCCCAGUACGAACUCACCAGCGGGCGUCACCAAGCAGCAGCAGCAGCAACAGCAGCAGGGCAACGCUGGUGGUACCCCGGGAGGACAAACGAAAUCGGGUGCAACACCGGGCAGUACGCCGCUUUCCACCACGGGCGGUAAGCAGCAGCAAAGGUCCGCCACGGGUAGUAAGCAACGGGAUGGAGCGGCUAGUGGGGUCACCCCACCAAAAGCUGCCGCCAACGUUACGGCAUCAUCAAAGAUGAUGUUCGAUAUUCUGUCCGAGGCUAAGACAAACAGUAACCUGAUCAACAACAACAACGCGACCGGUACAGUAGGCGUGGAACCGCUCACCCAAAACCAGCUGAUCCAAGCGGUCAGCUAUCUGAUCAAACACGAUCCAGACUUUGUGCGGAAGCUCCACGAAGCGUACGUUAAAUCCUUCACCGAAAUGAUAUCGAAUUAG